UGUUUGAAAACAAAUUUCAAAAUAAAAUUACAACUUCGGUCGAGGCCUGCAAUUUUUUUCAGUAGAAGUUCAAUUUUUAUUUCAAUCAUGUCCGGUGUAGAAAAUAAGCUUCUUAUUCAAAUGAUUCAUAAACUAGGGCUUUCAGAGCAUGAGCAAUUAUUACCAAAAUCCACGGAAUUACUAAGGUUGCUUCAUCUCAAAUCUUCUGGUUCCGCAACUUUCAAUGUGGGCGACUAUGCCAAAGCUACUAUUUGCACCGAUCUGGCUUGCAGUUUGCUUGGUCUUCCCUUUGACGCUGAUAUUGCUUUGAAAUUGACUGGAAUGAAGAAAGCGGCAUACGCAUCUAGCAAAAGAUGUGUAGAGAAGAUCCUCGAUAUUAGCAAAACCAAAGGCAUCAACGAAAUAUGCGUUCAACUUGGUCUGAACAAUGUCCAAAAGGAGGCAUUCGCUAUGUUGGAGAAUUACAAACGAUACAUGGAAGGGGGUCAGUCCGAGGUGGAUUUCUCCCAUCCCCAAUAUGCGACCAUGGCCGUUUUUCAAGCUUGCAAAAAACUGAAAGUGAAAGCAUCUAAGCCUAAACUUGUUUCAUGUAGUCACUUGAAACAAAACCAAUGGAUCAUAUUAGAGAAAAAUUGGGAAAAAUUUCUGUCUAACACUCAGAACGGAUCGGUGGCCACAAAAGUUGAAGAGCGCAACGAAGGAGUGGACCACGGUACUGUAGAAGAGGUGGCGGUGGUGGAGACCCGUGCAGCCGGUUUGAAACACAGUUCGCCGGAGAGUAUCGAGCCAUAUGUCAACUGGAAGAAACGAAUGCUGGAGAAAGCUUACCGAGAGUUGAAGGCACUGCAGACGCGAUAGUAAUGUUGCAGUGAAACUAUUUGUUAUAUUUAGUUAUGUCCAAUAGUAGGUACACUAGGCAAGGAAGUCUGUAUUAUACACAUUAUGAAUUAAGUUUUGUUUUCUCUGCUAGCUCAGAUUAGCACACGCAUAUUAUAAGUGUUGUGAUAAACAAUUAUUAAUAAAACCCUGAAACAAUACUAUGAAACCAUGAUAAAACAAAGUGUUUUCAUGAAUAAUAAUUUAAAAACUUUCUUGUAAGUUAUAAAUAAAAUGAAUGGAAAAAUAUUA